AUGGAUGAGCUCAUCGCAGCUCUAGUGGCGCGAAAUAUUGAAGAGCUUUUUGAGCAGUGUGGAAUUAAGAAACCCGGGCAAGAACAAGCCAACGCCACCAUUCGAAGCUUGACAGCUUCUAUCUGCGAUAUUCGACUGCAGGCCGGAAUUAACAGCGUUAUACCGUGUCCGGACGAACAGGUGCCUGCAACUAAAUUCCGAGGCUCAUACAGGCUACUGCAGACCGAUUCGAAACGCAGCGCUGCGAACUAUGCAGGCAUGGAUAAAGCACCGAGAAAAAAACGAAAGACCAAGAAGAGAGAGCUGGAUAUUUUGACGGCCCGGAAUGCCGACCAUAACCACUUGACCCCGGAAAGUAGCGAUGCGCCGGACAAUCCUCCAACGUGUGCACCUGGGUCAAAUGGUCAGUUGUCCGGAGACCAAGCUGCUGCGGCGACAGAUCCCGCAGACAGUCUGACUCAUAGUGUCCAUGCACCAAGUGGCACUGGUGACAGUGUCGAUUCAGAUGCCUCUGAUCAGGUGGGUGCUAACACCACAGUUGACGAGUCGUCGCACAACGCCGGAAACAUUGAAUACAGCCCUCCACCACUGGUGUUGCCUCGACUGCCAGCUGCCGAAGCAAAGGUAAUGGAGUCAAUACUGGUAGAUUGUGAGAAGUUGAACCGCAAGCUACACCAAGUAUCGAUGAGUAAAGAGCAGACAAGCUCGUGGACUGCCAACACCAUAGGAAUCCAAGGAUACGUCGCAGAUAUUGCUCAGCGCGACUUUACGGAGGCCGUUCGUCAUAUCAACACCGGCAACGCUGCGCUCGCGGGAAGAGACAUCCAAUCGCGGUACAGCCAGGCUUACUUCUGGGAUAUCAUCACGAAACUUGCAAAUGAGAUGGAUCCAACGAAAGUAAAGAAUGCGAGAGGGCCACUAACCGACUUCACCGAGCCCGAGAGGCAAGCGACCCGAGAAUUUUUGCGAAGCACUGGCGCUGACAAUCUGACUUACAAUCGCCUAAGCGAGUACCGCCAGCGCUGGCGUCGACUGUCCAACAUGCGAAGAGCCGGUGUCGACAAAAUACUCUGCUACCACACCAAACAGUUCAAUACUUUUUGCAAGCACUAUGAGGGCGAUGACCUACAAAGCAAGGUAUUGUCAUGGGAACAUCUAUAUGAGUGGUUCAUCACGCACUUGGAGCUCAGAGUAGCAACGUCAUGCGGCGGCGAUAGAACUGGCAGGCUGUGGCUGAAGCACCCAUUCGUAGCUGAGAGGCUGCGUAUUCCUGAAGACCUAUGGAACAGUUCAGUGAACAUGUGGGGCUCCGCCAGCGAAAAGGCUCAAUUCGAGUUAGCGUAUGAGCAUACGCGCCUUUCCGAUGCCCAACUUGGAGGUCCGUCGGCGAACCAUAGCGAUGAUCGCGACAAAUCCAUGUUUGUCACUCUACUUCCUAGAGACCAAUGCUCUUUAUAUGUGUGCCCCAUCGCCCCGGUAUACAAAGGAGACGUUCUAGGCGCCUUUUCUGGCAAGGUUCGAUACUCGGAAGCUUUCGACGUCGCACGCGGCAUUCCCGGUCCUGUAGACAGACUAUGGCUGCAUUAUAGAGGAGUUACGGGUGCACUGAACUUGAUGGAUGUCGCCGCACCUGGUGGGGAUGCCAAUGUCCGUCUUGCGUGGCAGAGCCAGUACCACCUAGAAAAUGGCAAAUGGAGCUGUUCGUGGAAGGUAUUCGUUCACGCGACCAAAGUAAUCAAGCCGUUUGAAGGGCUCAUUCGCGCUGCUCCUGAUUUGGAACAAUACCGCCUGCACCAGUCGGCUGAACAAGCAAGAAGAGCAUUUAUGGCAAUGUCGGCUGUUGAACUGCAUGGCGGGAACACGUAG